AUGGUGGCGCGGGCGCUGUGGGCGCUGCUGGCGGCGCUGCGGGCGGGCUGGUGCCUCCUGCCGCAGAGCGGGUACCUGCACCCAGAUGAGUUCUUCCAGGCGCCCGAGGUCAUGGCAGGAGAUAUUUUAAAUCUACAGGUCUAUUAUCCAUGGGAGUUCCUUUCCAACUCUCCCUGCAGAACAGUUGUUUUCCCAUUAAUGACAUCAGGAGUUACAUUCUGGGUGAUCAAGUCUUUGCAGCAGUUGGACAUAUGUUCAAGUUGCAUCAACAGCUACACUCUCCUUGUAUCUCCUCGCCUGCUCUUUACAAUCUUUUCUUUCAUUCUCGACUAUAGCGUUUAUCGCUUGGCCCCUCUCUGGGGAGCAGAUCCGUGGAAAGCGCUGGUGCUUCUUGCUGGAUCCUAUGUCACGCUGGUGUUUUAUACAAGGACGUUUACCAACACACUCGAAGGACUUCUCUUUGCUCUUCUCAUGGUACUGGUUUCUUCAAGGAAGUCCAGUGGCCGCUCAGCAGAGCCUACAAGCAGCUCUCUCUUAGGUGUCAUAACAACUGCUGGGUUUUUCAACAGGCCAACCUUUCUGGCAUUUGCUCUAAUGCCUCUGCUAUACUGGGCCAGUUUAAUUGUUGACUCUCAAAAGAACAUUAAAACUCUUAUAAAUGACUUUUUGAAGUUUAUCCUAUGUGCAUGUUUUACCGCUUUUGUUUUCAUAACUGCUGAUACCUUCUAUUUUACCUCCGUGAGCUUAGACAACCUCUACAGCACUAACAAGAGCAGCCUAAUUGAUGUAAUUGUUCAAUUACAUGACAAAAUGGUAGUAACCCCCUUCAAUUUUCUCAGCUAUAAUCUUAAUCCUCAUAAUCUUGCACUGCAUGGAAGUCACCCACGAGUUACACAUUUUACAGUCAAUGGAGUGAUGCUAUUUGGUAUCUUACACAUUCUGGCCAUCGGCGCAGGCUUUAAAAUGCUAAAGAAAUAUGUCCAUCAGUUAAUGCUGGUCAGAUGGUGUUGCCGUGGGCUGCCUGGGCUCUUGGUGCAUUCUGAGGGCAGUCCAAUUUUGCUGCUGUUUUAUUUUGUUCCUUUGGCAUUUCUCUCCCUGUUCAGUCACCAGGAGCCCCGGUUUCUCAUCCCUCUCAUCCUGCCAUUGGUCCUGUUCAGCGCGUCACCAAGCAGAGCUGAGAGAUGGAAGCUCCUCAUUGUUCUGUUCAACCUUCUGGGGGCACUUCUGUUUGGGUGCUUACACCAGGGAGGGCUCAUUCCCUGUUUGUUUCACUUGGAGCAGCUCAUCCAUUCUCCAGCAUCCUCAAGCCACCCGCAGCACUACACUCUGCUCUUUGCACACACCUACAUGCCUCCGAGGUCUCUGCUCAAUAUCAAGAAGACAGAUGUGCAUGUGGAAGUCAUUGACAUGGCUGGGGCUGGAGAAGAAACCCUCUGCCAGACAGUAGAGCAGCGAGCAAGCAAUUUUACCUGCAGCAACUGUCACAUCUUUAUUAUAAUCCCUGGGACUGUCAGAGCCACAAUUACAAAAUGUGGUGUCUCAUUCAAGAACGAGACUUUGAUAUUUCCUCACUUAUCAAUGGAAGACCCACCACAAAUACCUGUCCUAUCCAGUGGAAAUUGGAGGAGUCAGUUAGGACUUUACAUCCUUGAGCUAAACAGAGAUCAUCAGAGCCUUUAGAUUUUAGGAGAACAAAGUUUUAGUCUUUUACUUCAUUUGGGUGCUGUUUGAUGGUGGUGUGAGACCUUUCCUUUUUAUACACCCCCCUUUCAGCAUCAGCAAUGGCACUGGGAGCUCUCCCACAUCUCUUUAUUCCCAUUCCUCACACUCUUAGGGUAGCCAGUUCUGGAUAGAACCUGCUUAAAAUUUGACUUACUCAGCCCUGUGGUAUUUCAUGUGAACUUUUGUACUUCUCCUGAUGAGAGAGGAUGAAAUCAGAGCCCACCAAAACUGUGAUUGAAGCUUAGCUGUUUCCCUGCGAGAUUUAUUUUUGAAAGCUCUAAUAAUCUGACAGGGUUUGGGGACUGUGGGGUGUUUACUGAUAAUAGGCAUUAAUUCAGCUGCUGGAGAGAGGUUACAGGCUUAGAUAAAAGCUGGUCUGACUCAGUAAUCUUUUCUUUUAUGUUCUUAAAAAUUCAUUAGACCAGACUGCAGUCACCACUGCCUUGGGUGGGUCCGUCUUGAAAAAUCCCCAGCACUGAUCUGGCAGAAUCUGAUUUAGAACAGGAGGAUGCUUCAGGCUAAGUGCUUGUGCUAAAUCCUAAAAUCCAAGCUUUGCCUGUUUAGCCUUCCUUGCCACAGUUCCAUCCUCGUGCACCGCCCCGGGCAGCUCGGGAGGGCAGCCCCGCCAUGGCACCCAGCGUGCGGCUGCUCCGCGGCUGCAGCUCGGGCUCUCCUUCCCUGGCGCGCUCCCGCCGCUCCUCUCGCGGCUGUCGCUGCUCUGUCACCACUGUCACCCCGGCAGGUCCUGCGGGGGUGGAUCAGGGAGCUGCGCGGGCAGAAGGCGGUAACUGGGAGGGAUUUGGUUCACCAGAUGCGUCUCUGAACGCGGUCAGAGAUCCCCGGUUCUGCCGCCGCGGAGGGAGCGCAGCCUCGAGGGAGGAGCCGCAUCCCCUGCGCCCCCUCCCCGUGCACCAAAUCAGCUCAGUGGGAAGGACAGCUCCUAUCCUGGCUUGCCACUGGAGAGCUGCCUCUUUUUCAACUGGACACCAACAACUGGGCUGACAAUGAUUUAUGUGCUCAAUAACACAGCAUGACCUACAAUAUUUGGUUUUGCCUACAUGAACUUCACAAACAUCCUGACUUGGCACAUGCAUUGUAGAUCAAGCCUCUCUCUCUGAAACAAAUCUGACACUUGAAUUAUUUCCACUCCCAAAGGUGGUAAUGCUUUUGGCAGUUCUUCACCCACACAACCUUACAUAAGGUCUUAAAAGCCAGGCUUUCAACAGAGACAAGAAUAAUACACGUUGAUGCCAGGCUCUCAGGAGAAUCUAGGAAAAAUGAAUGUUUGAGUGAUUUGCCUGUAUUUUCCAAGCUAUAGGUAUGACCUAGAUGUUUAGGGAACAUAGCUCUUGCUCUCUUGUAAAGCAUUUUGUCUCGUGUUGCCUGUGUGUUCAUCCCACAUCCUUCACUCUUCACUGCUGGCCUGCCUGUAAAUUAAAGGGGUGUGUCUGGGGGGAGGCAGGGGAGAGAAGGUGCCUGUCUUUGUACUGGUGACUCACAAAGUCGUAAGUAGUUGUGAAAGCAUUGUGUCAGCAAAUGUAUUUUCCAAGUUAAUUUUCUUUUUGCUCUUACACUGGGAUGACAUAACCAUGUGCCACAGCUGUUACUCCAUGUCCUGCUUUCCAUUUUCAGCUUUCUUAAACAACUUAGAUCUUGAAAAUUAUUUUCAUAAAACUUAGGAAUUCUGGCAGUCUGAGUGGGGUAUAUCUUGAAACUCUUGGGGGAUGCAACGGAGCACCAUUCCCACGAGAUGAUGACUCCACUACCACUGCACAGGUAACCUGCAGAGAGCAAGCAACAGAACCUGGACUGCAAAUACAGCUCAGAAUAACAAUAUAUUGUUUUUGUCUUGCCAGCCAGACCUUUGAAUUUACGCUGUAGAUGCAGGUUCUCCAUCCGUGCUGGAGGUUUAACUUUACUAGCAAGGCAGAAAACUGUAUCUUGGACAAAGUACAAGGUUCUUCUCACCUGUGAUAAUACAAGGAGUGGAAAUGGCCCUCCCCAGUUAACUGAGCCUCUACUCAGCUGAAUCAAACAGUGAGACAUGCUCUGAAGGAAGGUUAACUGCUGUAGUGUCAGAGACAUCACCAGAUACAGUAUCUUAAGCAAACCUGCCCUAGGCAUUGUACGUGAUGGAUGUAUCAUUGUCCAUAUAUAGCUGUAUUGCCAUUUAUAUGCAGGGUGCCUCUAUUGGUCAUUUUUCCCUUUGCAAACCCUUCCUGCUGCAAUAGACCUGAGGUGUGCUUUUAGGAUAGCUACUGAAUCUUUUACUUUCCUGUAAGAUGUCUGUUAUCCUGUCUGUCAUUAUCACUGAAAACCCUUUUGUAACAAAACUGUAUCAAAUAUAGAGUAUUGCUCCUGUAUACACAGACAUUGUUACAGGUACUCCCGUGAGAAUUGUUAUUUUAUUUCAAGUUUCUCAUCAAGCGCUUAAAGUGACAAUCUUCACAGCA